GUUUGCAUGAUACGAUGAUGCGCGUGCCUCUUUAUCGUUUGACCUCGUUCUUACCUUUCUUUUUCUUCUUACUUUCUUUUCUUCUUCUUACUUCAUCUUUCUCUUCUUCUUCUCCCUUUCGUCCCUCUGUUUCCUUCGCUUCUACAUCCUCAUCCUCAUCCUCGUCUGAUUCUACCCUCGACUGGCUAGCAAGCAUCCCUUUACAUCAAGACUCCAGCAAUCGUCGUCAUCAAACACACAGCAAAUUUACCCUUCUUAUUUUUCCCACAUUGACAUCAUCUCUACACACACACACCUCUUUCUGCAGUCUUUUGGUUUCUUUUUUUCUGCCGACACUCUUUACCUCAACACACCGCCUUCUCCCCAUCCCACCGCCCUCUUCAAUUUCCUACCUGCGCACAAACAAACAACAACAACAACAACAACAAGACGAGCAGAACGAGAACAAAGGACAGGAAGGUGAAAUAAAAAUAGCGAAGGAUGAUUUGCUGCACAUGGUCAUGGCAGCAACCGUCCCAGUCGCAAGUCCACCCACUUCGUCGUCUUCCCUCUUCCGAAAAUUCAAGAUCUCCCUCCCUUUUCCCUCCACACCGCCUUCUCCACUGCCAUCCAGCAGCGAUAGCGGAUCAGCCUCUGCAGAUGAAGGGGGAAACACAACCGUCGCCAAGAGCUGGAGAGGACUAGGAACAACUGCCCCAGGUUCUCCGAGAUUUAAGUUUUCAAAACUGCUCCUCAGCAGUCGCCACCAAGUCAGUAGUCACCUGCCACAGGAACAGCUGGACCAAAACGAGAUCCAACCACCGGCAUCUCCAAUGCAGCAGCAGAACGGGGACCGUAGACAACACUAUCGACCUGAAGUACAUCUACCGUCAAAGCACCAGAAUCCAACAUCUCGCUCUCGGCGGAGCAGCUUUUUCAAUUUCCUGCAGCCUCAUUAUCAUAUUUUUCAUCGUCAUCGUGGACCCAAAGACAAAACGAACACCAAGCCGGACCGGCAUACGAGGAAUGAUCACUCAGCCUCUCAAGAGUCCAUUACAAGGUCGUUCAUGUCCCUACCUGAUCCCUCCAGUACGAGUACGGGGAGUGGCAGCAGUAACCCCAGUAGCAAGAACUCACGUACCGCUGCACUCCCGGAAGGCAAUGCUAAUACACUCUCGGAACUACCCGAUCAUUACAUGUCACUACCCGCGGGAGGAUCGGCAUUCUCAGCAACAAACGGGGUGUAUCCGCUGCAUUCAGAGGAUCUGUCUAUGACAGAGUUCGCAAAGCUAGCUGGCAUUACUAUCUUGCCCGAGGAUGACGAUUACGCCACGGCAAGCGACGAGCCAUCAAACAGCACUAGCGACAGCAGUGCAGGCGGGAACAACGCUGAUAUGGGAGGAACGUUCGGGCUAGUCGGACAUGGACGUGAAUCGGGAUCAAUAUCGGCAUCGGCGGGUGACACAAUGAACUCUGAAAGAUACUCGACAGUGGGAAGUGUGGCGAGUAGCAGAAGUCGUCGGAAGACCUGCAUUUGGGAUCCUCAAUUCUGGGCUGCACCUUCAUGCGACAGUGGGCAUCACGACUUGACGCCGUCGGCAUCGUCGUCGUCUUUGCCCAUUAAGCUUGUUACAAGUAGCGCCCCAGCAUCGCCCUAUCGAGCACGGCCAUUAUCAGUGCCGUACACGCCCAACGCUUCAAAGCCUGCAUCUCUGAGAGGCGACAUUUAUUCAUCAGGCAGUGAAUAUGGCAACAUAGAGAUACCAUUUGUACGAUAUGAUGGCCAUGUUCACGAGCAAGGGGACCCAAGUCCUCCAAAUGGGCAGCGGACAGAGUCUGAUAAAGUCCUUGGCGUGGAUCAGGUCCGGACGACAUCUAGCAGCGCGCCUCUCAAACGCGUGGAUCAGAUGGCCAAUCCUCCUAAGGACGCGGCCGAGCUCUCGCUGAACCUGAGCCGUCGGCGUUCAUUUACGUCAUUGACAGCAGUUGCUAUCGAGCUGAACAACGUUAGUGCACCAGAUCAAGGGGCUUCAGAGUCCAAGACAAAUGACCUUCAAUAUCCACAGCAACAGCAGCAGCAUCCGGGUCAGAGAGCUGCCCCUCGCGCAAUACAGAGGGAGACGUCAUCUGACUCGACAGGACAUGCGACAAGACUCCAGCGUCCUCAUAAUCUGGCCCAUUCUGUUGCGCUACACGCUCUUCAGCCUUCCAGGAAUAGGAGCCAUUCUACUGGACACAACCGCUCGAAUCUUCGCGCUGGGCCAUCGGGCGUUGCAAGGGCAAGGUCACCGUCUCCCUCACCUUUGUCCCGGCAGGUCGAAGUCUCCGAUUCGGAAGGAUGGGACACGCCACAGGAUGAGAAGGAAGGGUUUGAUUUUCAAACGACAGAGCAGGUAGAGGUCAAGAAUUCCCGACCUCCCAUAUCCAGGGACGAGAGAUAUUUCGCCAUAUACGAGGACGCGGAUGAAAAAGUGCGUUCCCCAGGAUCGGCGGUUUGGAGAUCUCCUCCUACACAGGAUAAGCUGAGGCCACCGGCAUCCGGGAAUGAGUACGUCAGCCCGAUAUAUCAUCAUCGCACACAGUCAUUGCCACACUUGCUUUCAAAGUUUGAACAGCAAGACCUGAAUGCAAUGGUACAGGGGUCGAUACCUCGAUCCUCGUCUCCGUUUCGAUUGACUCUGCCUCCGCCCUCACCUUCAUCGUCGCAUCCAAGCACACCUAGCUGUCCACCGAACUUCAGCCCAACCCGUGUAUUUGCACCGGGCACCAAGGUCGGGAGGUUCACACUGGUUCAAGAAACGUGCACUGAGCAUGCGAAUGUUCUUAAAGCACAGCGGGGAUAUCAAGAGCAUCAGGAUCAGUUGGCACAGAGGCGUGCGUCGACGGGCGGAUUGAGGUGCUAUAAUGCAAAGCAAGAAGUCGAGGCUGGUGUGUUGGAAGGAUCGGCUGUGGAGGAGAGGUUGGCUGCGAAUCCGGCUUUGUUGAACCCAGAGGAGAACGUGGUGGUCUUUCAGCGCAAGAGGACGAAGCGGUUGCAAUAUCCACCAGCAUCAGCGGCAGCCGGCGAUGCAGGUGCGGAUGCAGACAAAGAGGGCUGAGGAUUGACAAGGCCUACUUCGUAGUGAACCAAUGCUGGUUCCCUGCUUGUGUAUAUUAGCUAAUUAAAUAAAAUAAAAGUACCUUAACA